AUGAAAAACAUCUUGCGUCAACUGGAGCGUUUGAAGAAACUGGAUCUUUCGGAUGUUGAGAUUCAGAUUCUUGAUAUUCUAGCCUAUGACAUUCGAGCGGCCACUUGGGAGACCGCUGCAGAGGCUGCAUCUUCCUUGGACGCCCUGUGCCCCCGUCUAGAGCAGCGCAAAGAGGCAGAGAGCUACUUUUAUGUCACUUGGGACCUCAUGACAGAUACUGCUACCAGUUUCGACGUGACAAAAGAGACGCAAAAUCAUCUCACCAACAUCCUUUUAGCAUUGCAGCAAUGUGCGAAAGGUGAAAGCAACAUUUGGGGUAACGAAGCAGACAGACAACCUGUUUGGAAAGACCUGCCAUUGUUCUACGUAGCCGUCGAGGCUUCCCCUGGCGACCCGACCCAAGAAUCCACUACAGAAAGUUUCACCACAAAAGACGCACAAGAAUGGCGCAACAUCAACAGAUUCGGCGCUCUCUUACUAGGAAGCGGCGUCCUGGGCCUCCACACGCAGGCAAUGGACGCAUUGCGCUCGGCGCUCGAGGAGGAGCCGAGCUCCAUCCCGGCGGUCGCAGAGUGCCGGCUGCGCCUCGCCUGCGAAUGGAUCCGUCACAGCGCGAGGUCUCUCCUCUGGUGGUCACAAGAGAACAUUGGCUAUCUGGAGAUGCCAGAGUAUGAGAGAGACUUGACGGAGGAAGCGAUAUCAUAUCAAGGGGUCCUGUACGAGGGGCCGCCGAUCAUGUGUCGGCAGCGGUGGGAGUUUUGGAUGGUUCGGCUCGAGUGGCUUGCGAAGAGUGAGGAUGCUGGGUUGGGAAAGGAGAUGAGGACCAAGGCGCUUGAGGCGUUUGAGAUUAUGAUGGAGGUUGGAGAAUGGAUAGGGCACACGCUGUGA